GAGACGCCGAACGAGAAGAGGAAGUUAUCGCGAGGUUUCACUUGAAAAUAACGCGGGAGGCAGAGCGACAGGAGCAGGAACGUAAACAGACUCGAACUUCGCUCAACGCGCUAAAAUCUGCGAUCGGUGAAACUCGCUUCGGUUCCGCUUCCACUCUCGGACUAAAACCACCUGGUCUGUAACAAGUCGCGACUGAACGCGGCUAACGCUGCUGCUCUACCGUUUGUUUGCUAACAGCAGCUAGCAGCAGCUAACAGCUAGCAGCAGCUAACGGCAGCUCCAUGGAUCUGACGGAGGAUUUAUCUGCUCGAGUCCUGCUGAAGAACAUCCUCAGCACCGAGACCCCCAGGACCCCCAUCACCCGCAGUUCCUCCAAACCAGUGAGCACCCGACGCAGCAGUCGACUGAGCAAGAGAGAUGCUGGAGCCCAGACCCCACAGGACAUCCUGAGGCGCAGCCUCAAACAUAAGAUGCGUGAGAGUAUAACCAGGAAGUCCUUGCCCCCCACUACAAGGAGGACUGCCUCAGCUGGGCUCAGAAAUAUAAACACUCCCGCCCCAACGUCAAUGCUGUUUGAUGAAGGAGAAACACCGAGGCACAUACUCAGGAACAUCCUGCUGACGGAGCCGGUGAAGUCCCCAGUGAUUCAUGAAAAAGCUGCGUCAGAGGAGCCCCAGCUGAUUUCAGCCAACUCCAGCAUUACCAGCAAGCGUCCCAGUAUUGAGCUCUCAGGGCUGGAUCUGCCUGAUUUAACUCUCGGCAACGCAGCAAGCAUUGCAAAGGGACUGAGCAGAAAGAGACCACACCGGAGCCUUAACGUAACAGCUUUUGAAAAACGACUUAAAGGCGCAAGUGAUGUUGGAGAAGAAAGUGAAGUGUCAAUAGAUGAUCAUUCAUCACUUUCCUUAUCAAGCUCCACGUCUUUGAGUUUGAAAACACCCUUUGUAGACGUUCGGAUGGAGAGGAGGGGUCUGCAGAGGAGAGUUGCCAACCGUAGAAAAGUCACAGCAGAAGAAUUUGGUGCUGGUGUAAAUAAAUGGCAGAUGGAAGACGAUCGUGAACAACCAGAGGAUUUGAAUAUGACCACCUACUCUGAGGGCUUCACCCUGGGCCUAAGUGUUCUCAGCGUACCUGAUGUCUCAGCAGACAUUGUCAACUGUAACACAGCCCUCUACUCAGAGCCUAAUUCCAUGACGUCCAGCUUGUCCAUCGUUGAAACACAGGACAAGAGGGAGACGAGUGACAUGGAGCAGAAUGAGCCGGAAAAAGAGAAGUCAGUGCAUGUAUCUCCAACCGAGGGAGGGGUUGCUGUGGAAUCUCAGAGCGAAGAAUAUGUCUCUGAUGGUCAGUCAGAGAAAGAUGUGGAUACAGCUGAGUGUCAAGAGGAGGAGAUGAAGAGGACAUCUGAUGGUGAAAACGACGAUGAAGAGGAGAACAGAGUGGAAGCUCAAACAGAGGAGGAAGGUGCUGCUGAUCCUCAAACUGAAGGAGAAGAAGAAGAUUCUCAGCCUGAAGAGGAUGUUGCAGUCAGGUCUCAGUCGGAGGCAGAGGAGGUUGCACCUGACUCUCAAACUGAAGAAGAAGAUGGAGUGGAUUCUCAGCCUGGAGAAGAUGUUGCAGCCAGGUCUGAGGAAGAGGAGGUUACACCUGACUCUCAAACUGAGGAGGAAGAAGAAGGUGCAGUUGAUUCUCAGUCUGUGGAGGAGGGUGAUGCUGAGGAAUAUCAAAGUGACCAAGAAGAUCCUGCAGCCAAUUCUCAAUCUGAGGAAGAUGAGCAUGAUGGGAAGCAAGAGGAGGAGGAAGACGGUGAGCAGGCAUCAGAACUGCUGGAACACAUCAGUCGAAGGGCUCAGCGCUCACAGGGUGGCCUCAUUGUGCCGAUGCCAGGAGCAGGGGGAGAUUUGCAAGACGCAACAGAAGAAGGAUGGAGUGAGGACAAAGCGCACAGUGCUAUCAAGCAGAGAGAGAGCAGCCACCCUCAUUCUGAGAUGCCUGACGUGGCGGAGUCUUCAACCCGAGGACAAAAUGACGAUUCUCAGUCAGAGGCUGAGUCUGAUGCCUGGAAAGAAAACCCUCUUCUCUCUCUGGACUUGAUGAAUGAUAUUGUAGAUGGCGACCACCUGAGUGAUGCUUCACCUGAAGAAGAGGCUGGUGCUUUAGACCCUGCUGAACAAGGAGAAGAGUGGGAGGAUGAAGAUGGGGAAGAGAACAAGGACUUCAGUUGCGAGACCCCAGCCUUUGUCAGAGAGAAGAGGAACUUUUUCAAACCGGACCCUCUGGCCUCACCUUCUCUUCAGAAGAAUAUUCAAGCCAGUUCCACUAGUGGUACAAGUGAAGCCUUACCAGCAGCUAAACCCAAGCAGGUGCAGCGGAAGAAGAGAACACCAGCUAAGAACAAAGCAACCCCUCCUAAGAGCUACCUUAUGAGCGUGUUCAGACACUUUGCAAAAGCGAAGGUCUCUGCAGAUGUGUACCCCGUCCUUGAUGAAGUAAUGGAUAAAUUCUUAGAGCGGCUGGCGGACGAUCUGGAGACGUAUGCAGGUCAUGCAAAGAGAAAAACCAUAGAGGUAGAGGAUGCUGUGCUGCUGCUGAAGAGGCAGGGCCACGUGAAUGACAAGGUGCCGGUGGAAGUGCUCAUUGAGAAAUAUCUUCGCAUGGAGCAGCGCAAGCUCUUGAUCCCGAUCGCAACAAGUGGAAAUGUUGUCAUCCCUAAAAAACACAUUUGAAUAUUUCAAGUACACAGCCUCGUGCUUUUUAUUUGGUUUCAUCUCUGGUAUCUACACAUUUUUCUUACACUGUAUUUGUUUGCAAGUUGUUUUGAAUAUUACAUUUUGUGUAAAUUUAUAAAUAUUUGUUAAUAUAUGUACGCAUGUAUUUGUCACUUUUCUUCAUCUUUCUCUUUAUGCACAUGAUUUCUUGUCCGACAGUAUAAGAGAAAAAGAUGCUACACGUCCUUUGAAAAUGAUCAAAUAUUGAAAUAAAGAAAAGUUC